UGGGUAAUAUUGUUGAUGAUGUUUUGAAGUAAGAAGAAGAAAAAGAAGAAAAAAAUGUCUAUUUUUUAUUUUAAUUUUUUUUUAAUUAUAUUUCAAUAUAAUAUUAUUAAAAUUAUUUUUUUUUAAUAAAUAAACGCACUCUUUUAAAAAAAAUACUAUGUUAGUAUUAAGGGUGAAAUAAAUAAAAAUUAAAUUUAAAUAUUAAAAGUGAGUUGGGAGGAGGGUUCACGUGUAAAUCCCCAUUAAACACAAACACCAAGGCAAACAACAAACAAAACAAUUAUGGAACCGUUCACUCUUUACCUUCUCCCAUUUCCCUCCUAAAAACUCCAUUCUUCAACAUACCUAAACCUCAACUUCCUCUUUACGUACAUCAUCAACACUUUCCCGAAUGAGCCCGCCGAAUAAGCGACGCGCCGCCGACAAGGAGGAAUCCGAGUCGGUGCCGCCGGAUGAUCUCCGGUGCAGAAGAUCAGACGGCAAAGAGUGGAGAUGCAAAGGGCAUAGGGUUGAAGGUAAAUCAGUGUGUGAGAAGCACUUACACGGUGGAAAAGUCUCAUCUUCUAAGCCCCGAAGAAAGUACGUCCCGAGAAGCGAUACGAGUGAUGAUGAUUCUAGUGAGAGUGGUGGGAGUUUGGUUAGAAAUGUGAAGAAGAAAUCUGGUUGUGCUGAGAAGAAAAUCAGGAGAAAGGGAGAGAGUAGUGAGGAGGAUGAAGCUGUUACUUUGUUGGAGGUGAUGAAAGAUAGUAGGAUGAAAGCUGAAAACGAACAACAAAAGAAGCCAGAUAGUUUAGGUGAUUCAACAAAAGUAGGGAGUGACGGGUUUCCGCGAAGCAAAGGGGAAAAGUGCAGAACUGAAUCUUCUUCCAAGGAAAAGGAUAGGAUGAAAAGGAAAAAAAUGAUUUCACAAGAGGAAGAAGAACAUGGGGAUGGUGAGAGGGAUAAACCUGAAAGUGACAAGGUUAGAAGAGUGGUUAAGAAAGGGGUUGGAGGUGAUUCUAAGAAAUCAAGGUUAAAGGGGAAGAUUAAGGAGAUUCAAAGUGAUGAGGAGAAGAAUGAUGAUGGUGAGUUUUAUGAUUUGAAGAGGAAACACUCAGCCAAAUCACUGGAACCUAUUGCAAAAGGUGUUGAAAACGAGUCAUUACUUGGUAGAAAUGGUAGGAAAUUAAGGGAGAAGAAAGGAGUGGAAGUAGCUUUGAAAAAGCAGGAUGAUGAUGACCAAGAUGACUGGACAGAUACAAAGGGUAAAACCAAGAAGGUUGACAAAAGGAGAAAGCAUUUCAGUACUGAUGACAAAGACGAUGAUUGCCAGAUGUGCCAUCAGUGCAUGAAAAGUGAUCGAAAGGUUGUUAGGUGUAAAAGGGGAUGCCGCAAACGCUAUUGUAGCCCAUGUAUUGAAAGAUGGUACCCUCAUCUGUCAGAGGAAGCAAUUGCUGAGAAAUGCCCAGUUUGUCGUGGGAACUGCAAUUGCAAAGAUUGUUUAAGCAAAAUUUUCAUCUCUAAGGAAGCCAAAUAUUUAGGAAUACCAUGGGAAAAGAAUGAAAAAAUUAAUUGCUUGAAGCAUCUCGUGAAUGUACUUUAUCCAUUUUUGAAAACAUUUAUCCAUGAUCAAACUAUUGAAAAGGAGAUGGAGGCAACAAGUAAAGGAUUGUCACUGACCCAGGUAAAAAUAUCUAAAGCUGACGUUCAUAAGGAUGAGCGUGUUUAUUGCAACAAUUGCAGCACCUCCAUUGUUGAUCUCCAUAGAAGUUGUACAGCUUGUUUUUAUGAUCUCUGUCUGACCUGCUGUCAGGAAAUUCGAGGAGGUUGUUUUCUAGGAGAUUGUGCAGAUGAAGAUAGAAGGCUCCCUGAAUGGAGAGCAACAGAAACUGGUGAUAUACCUUGCCCACCAAAGGAAAGAGGUGGCUGUGGAAAUAUCCGCCUGGAGCUUAAGAGUCUCUUUGGUGAAAAGCGGGUUCAACAGAUAAUGAGGGAAGUUGAAAAUUUAGUCAAAGCAAAUUCAUUUGCCAGUGAGACCCGAGCUAUUGAAGAACAGUGUCCCUGUAACUCUAAAAAUAGAAGAAAAGCAGCUUCCAGAUCAGAUUCUGAUGACAAUUAUUUGUUCUGCUUCCCUUCAAGUGAAAUACAUGAUGGGCAUCUGGAACACUUCCAGACACAUUGGAGAAUGGGAGAACCUGUCAUUGUUACCAACAUUCUUGAACUAGCAUCUGGAUUAAGCUGGGAACCGAUGGUGAUGUGGCGUGCGUUCCGUAAUAUAGCCAUCAAGAAGGGCUCAUCAGAUUUGAUGGUGACAGCAGUUGAUUGUUUCGAUUGGUGUGAGGUGGAUAUAAAUAUUCAUCAAUUUUUUAAGGGUUACCUUGAAGGUCGAAGGCACGGAAAAUUCUGGCCAGAAAUGCUUAAGCUUAAGGACUGGCCCCCAUCUACAGAAUUCGAGAAGCGGUUGCCACGCCAUGGAGCAGAAUUUAUUAGAGCCUUGCCAUUUAAAGAAUACACAAAUCCGUUUUCAGGUAUUCUUAAUAUUGCUUCCAAACUUCCAGAUGGUAUACUGAAGCCAGAUAUGGGUCCAAAAACAUAUAUAGCAUAUGGAUUUGCUGAAGAACUUGGACGUGGAGAUUCUGUGACAAAGCUUCAUAGUGAUAUGUCUGAUGCGGUGAAUGUGUUAAUGCAUACUGCUGAUGUAACUAUUGCUAAGCAUGAGCUUUCAAAAAUUGAUAAGCAGAAGGAAAUAUAUGCUUCUUGUGAUCGAAAAGAACUCCAUAUUACUGAUAUAGAUGAUCAUCUAGUUCGUAAGAGUGAUUUUGCAUCAGCAAAACAAGAAAAAGCAAGUGGUGAUUUUUCCCCCGACCGUAAUGUGCAAUUGGAGGGCAGUUUAUCUUCUGCUCAGGUGGUUGAUCUUGAAAACAAAUUUGAUGCACCAGAGGAAGAAAAGGGGGGUGCAGUCUGGGAUAUCUUUAGGAGACAGGAUGUUCCCAAGCUCGAGGAAUAUCUUAAAGAGCACCACAAGGAAUUCAGACAUACAUUUGGUUCUCCGGUGGACCAG